GGAGGAGGGAGGAGGGCGGUCAGGCGGGGGAGCCAGGGAGUAGGGCUGAGCUGUGACCACUGCACUAAAGAGAAGUCAGAGAAACAGGACAGAGCACCCAGGCUGCAGCCAGCCGGGAGAAGAGCUAACCUGUUCCUGCCAGACCAGCCAGCUGUGGAAACAGCUGUGCAGCAGAGAAAAGGGGCCCGCCCUCUUCUUCUGCCCCAUUUCCCACCCUUGGUGUGGGAUUUGGGGAACUCCUGGGACAGACCUCUGGUCAACUUCCAUUCUGGGCAGAACCUUGAAUUCAGGAGCUAAAGUCCCUGCUCCCCCACUUCUUGGGCCAGAGCCCCAGUGACCUGGUCAGGGGGUCCAACUUCGUGGAGAUGCCAGCAGCUCGUCGGUUCCCUGGCCUAGAGCUCUCCUUCCCUCUCCUGGCCAGACUACGGCGACGCCUGUACACAAGGCUGGGGAGCAGCAGCAUGCAGCCGGAGGAGGGCGCGGGCUGGCUGCUGGAGCUGCUGUCCGAGGUGCAGCUGCAGCAGUACUUCCUGCGGCUCCGUGAUGACCUCAACGUCACCCGCCUGUCCCACUUCGAGUAUGUCAAGAAUGAGGACCUGGAGAAGAUCGGCAUGGGCCGGCCCGGCCAGCGGCGGCUGUGGGAGGCUGUGAAGAGAAGAAAGGCCAUGUGCAAACGCAAGUCUUGGAUGAGCAAGGUGUUCAGUGGAAAGCGACUGGAGGCUGAGUUCCCUCCUCAUCACUCUCAGAGCACCUUCCGGAAGACCUCACCCACACCAGGGGGCCCAGCAGGGGAGGGGCCCCUGCAGAGCCUCACCUGCCUCAUUGGGGAGAAGGACCUGCAUCUCUUCGAGAAGCUGGGAGAUGGCUCCUUUGGCGUGGUGCGCAGGGGCGAGUGGGAUGCCCCCUCGGGGAAGACGGUGAGUGUGGCUGUGAAGUGCCUGAAGCCUGAUGUGCUGAGCCAGCCCGAAGCCAUGGACGACUUCAUCCGGGAGGUUAACGCCAUGCACUCACUGGACCAUCGCAACCUCAUUCGCCUCUAUGGCGUGGUGCUCACGCCACCCAUGAAGAUGGUGACAGAGCUGGCGCCGCUCGGAUCGCUGUUGGACCGGCUACGCAAGCACCAGGGCCACUUCCUCCUGGGCACUCUGAGCCGCUAUGCUGUGCAGGUGGCCGAGGGCAUGGGCUACCUGGAGUCCAAGCGCUUCAUUCACCGAGACCUGGCUGCCCGGAACCUGCUAUUGGCUGCCCGUGACCUGGUCAAGAUUGGGGACUUUGGGCUGAUGCGUGCGCUGCCCCAGAAUGACGACCACUACGUCAUGCAGGAGCAUCGCAAGGUGCCCUUUGCCUGGUGUGCUCCUGAGAGCCUGAAGACACGUACCUUCUCCCAUGCCAGUGAUACCUGGAUGUUUGGGGUCACACUGUGGGAGAUGUUCACUUAUGGCCAGGAGCCCUGGAUUGGUCUCAACGGCAGUCAGAUUCUGCAUAAGAUUGACAAAGAGGGGGAGCGUCUGCCACGGCCCGAGGACUGCCCCCAGGAUAUCUACAAUGUCAUGGUUCAGUGCUGGGCCCACAAGCCAGAAGACAGACCCACCUUUGUGGCCCUGCGGGACUUCCUGCUGGAGGCCCAGCCCACAGACAUGCGGGCCCUCCAGGACUUUGAGGAACCAGACAAGCUACACAUCCAGAUGAACGAUGUCAUCACCGUCAUUGAGGGAAGGGCUGAGAAUUACUGGUGGCGUGGGCAGAACACACGGACGCUGUGUGUAGGGCCCUUCCCGCGCAAUGUGGUGACUUCCGUGGCUGGCCUGUCGGCCCAGGACAUCAGUCAACCCCUGCAGAAUAGCUUCAUCCACACAGGACAUGGCGACAGCGACCCCCGCCACUGCUGGGGCUUCCCCGACAAGAUCGACGAACUAUACCUGGGAAACCCCAUGGACCCUCCUGACCUGCUGAGUGUGGAACUGAGCACCUCCCGACCCACCCAACAUCUAGGAAGGGUGAAAAGGCAGCCUCCGCCUCGCCCACCUCAGCCUGCCAUCUUCGCUCAGAGUAAGUGGGGCUGCUCUCGGUGCCUUGGCCCCUGCCCCCGUCCCCUCUCUCCUCUCAUUCCUCCUCUCCUUCUGGAAGAGCCAACCUACGACCCCGUGAGUGAGGAUCAGGACCCCCUGUCCAGCGACUUCAAGAGGCUGGGCCUUCGGAAACCAGCCCUGACCCGUGGGCUGUGGCUCGCAAAGCCCUCGGCUCGGGUACCGGGCACCAAGGCGGCUCGAGGCAGCGGGGGUGAGGUCACACUCAUUGACUUUGGCGAGGAGCCUGUCGUGCCUGCCCCGCGGCCCUGCGCACCCUCACUGGCGCAGCUGGCCAUGGACGCCUGCUCCUUGCUGGACAAGACCCCGCCACAGAGCCCCACACGGGCCCUGCCCCGGCCGCUGCACCCCACACCCGUGGUGGACUGGGAUGCGCGCCCGCUGCCCCCACCUCCCGCCUACGACGAUGUGGCCCAGGAUGAGGAUGACUUUGAGGUCUGCUCCAUCAACAGCACCCUUGUGGGUGCAGGGGUCUGUGCGGGGCCCAGCCAAGGGGAGACCAACUACGCCUUUGUGCCUGAGCAGGCACCUCUGCUCCCUCCCCUGGAGGACAAUCUGUUCCUCCCGCCCCAGGCGGGGGUCAAGCCACCCAGCUCUGCCCAGACCGCACAGAUCUUCCAGGCGCUGCAGCAGGAGUGCAUGCGGCAGCUGCAGGUCCCGGCGGCCUCCCUGGGCCCUUCUCCUGGCCCGGCCCCAGUGGGUGAGGACAAGCCCCAGGUGCCCCCCCGCGUGCCCAUACCCCCAAGGCCCACUCGCCCACGGGGCGAGCUGUCUCCGGCCCCCUCGGGUGAGGAGGAGCUAGGGCGGUGGCCCGGACCUGCCUCCCCUCCCCGGGUGCCUCCCCGGGAACCCCUGUCUCCUCAAAGCUCGAGGACCCCUAGCCCACUGGUACCACCUGGAAGCUCCCCGCUGCCAGCCCGGCUCUCCAGCUCACCGGGGAAGACCAUGCCCACCACCCAGAGCUUCGCCUCCGACCCCAAGUAUGCCACGCCCCAAGUGAUCCAGGCGCCUGGCCCACGGGCGGGCCCCUGCAUUCUCCCCAUUGUCCGCGAUGGCAAGAAGGUCAGCAGCACCCACUACUACCUGCUGCCGGAGCGCCCACCCUACCUAGAACGCUAUCAACGCUUCCUGCGGGAGGCCCAGAGCCCUGAAGAGCCAGCCCCUCUGCCUGUGCCUCUGCUGCUGCCCCCGCCCAGCACCCCAGCCCCUGCCGCCCCCACGGCCACUGUUCGACCAAUGCCCCAGGCCGCCCCAGACCCCAAGGCCAACUUCUCCACCAACAACAGUAACCCAGGGGCCCGGCCACCAGCCCUGAGGGCCACGGCUCGGCUGCCACAGAGGGGCUGCCCUGGGGAUGGGCCAGAGGCUGGACGGCCGGCAGACAAGAUCCAGAUGCUGCAGGCCAUGGUGCAUGGGGUGACCACAGAGGAGUGCCAGGCGGCCCUGCAGAGCCACAGCUGGAGCGUGCAGCGGGCUGCCCAGUAUCUGAAGGUGGAGCAGCUCUUUGGGUUGGGUCUGCGGCCGCGGAGUGAGUGCCACAAAGUGCUGGAGAUGUGCGACUGGAGCCUGGAGCAGGCCGGCUGCCGCCUUCUGGGCUCCUGCGGCCCUGCCCACCACAAGCGCUGAGAUGUCGGGAGAGCCAGAGGGUCUGCUCUGAAGGAAUCACUUGAGCCUGUCCAUCUGACAAGGGUGGGGAGAGACCCUGCCCGGGCCUGGAGGACCUGCUGCCACUCGCUGCUCCUAGCGGCAGGGCAAGGCCAAGUCUGCGGGAGACUGGGAGCCCCGCCUUGCCAUCCCUCCCUCACCCAGUGCUGUCCCUGCAACUUUGGAUCAGCCCUUGGUGCCCUUAGCCAAGGGGCGGGAAGAAGCCCUGUGAAGGCAGGCCUGGUGGCGGCCUCAGUAUGCCCUGCAGCCAACCUGCCUCUGGCUCCAGCCCUGGCUGUGGGGCCUGUGGCCGGAGCGUGUCCCCAGGCUCUGCUGACCGGGAAGCCAGGCUGCACCCGUGGAAGGAGGAUGUGUUGACCACACAGAAAGGGGGACCAGCACCCACAGGCCCUCUGCAGGGGAGGGCCCUUCUCCAGGGAUCCCCUGGUGGGCUGUUGGGGGUGUCAGAGAGAAUGUGACUUGUGGCCUCGCCAUGGAUACGCUAUGGGACUUGGCUGGUCUUAGGAUCUUGUGCCUGGAAAUAGCCCUAAGUGGCUCAGGAAGCAGAGCAGGGGUGCCAGAUUGUUCUCUGGCAGGGACCAGGGCCCAAGGCCCCAGGUUUGGAAGGAGACCAAGGGGGCAGCUGCCCUGGAGGGACACCAGAGCUUCCUCUCUGACCCAGCUCCUCCCCUAUGCUGUUUCGUUUUCCUGCCAGCCUCUGCCGCCAGAGUUGCUGCCCCAGCUAUGGAUCCCUGCUUCUUCCAGAUAAAUAAAGCUAGUUUCUAUUUUAUGUUAA